AUGGGAAAUGGGAUGCUGGUGAUUUCCGUGGUCUAUUUAGGCCCGUACCCUACCUCACAACGGUCUCCGUGGAUAAGGCUACUGCCUCACAACAGCCUCCACAGGCCCAGCUCCAUUGUUACCACGGCCUCUUUAGAGCCAGCUCCUGCCUCCCAGUCUUCUCUCCAGGCCCAGAACUUUCUCAAGUCGACCUCACCAGACCCAGCUCCUGCCUCUCAUUGCCCUCCCAAGGGCCAGCUUUUGCCUCACGGCCACCUUCCGAGACCCAGCUCCUGUUUUACACUCCUGCCCAGUUCCUGGUGGCCUUUGAAGGCCCAAAAGUGCCUCAAGUCAAGCUUUCCAGGCCCACCCUCUGCCUCCCAAUGGCCUGGACAGGCCCAGCUCCUACGUCUUCUUCCCGGCUGUGUUUAUACGCUCAAUUCCAACCAGACAACAACCUCUGUGGACAUCCCUCUUGCCAAGCUCCUGACGGCCUAUGUAGGCCCAAAACUUCCUCAACACAAGCUCACCAGGCCAAAUUCCACCCACAUGGGGGACUCUGCAGGCCGAAACUAUCCUGAAGUUGGAUCGUCCAGUCCAGAGGUGCUCCUGACUUUCGGCAGUUUCGACAGGCACCACUCCUGCCUCCUGGUGGCCGCUUUACACCCUGCUCAUUCCUCUCGGGGAAUGGCCUUUCCAGGCCCACUCUUGGCCUUCUGGCGGCCUCUCCAGGCCCCAAACUUCCUCAGGCCGGCCUCUCCAGGCCCAGUUGCGGCCUCCCGGCCUUCUGCCCCAAACGUCCUGAAGUCGGGCCCCACGGAGACCUCUGCAGGCACCGCUCCUUUCCUCCGACGGCGUUUCCAUGCUCCAGACUUCCUCCAGUCAGCCUCUCCAGGCCCAGCUCUUCCUCCCGGCGGCAUCUGCAGGCCCACGCUGUCUUCGAGUCGGACUCUCCAGGGUUCGCUCCGGCUCCCGGUGGCCUCUGCGGGCCCAACUCGUCCCUCAGUCAGCCUGCGCCGGCCCACCUUCUGCCUCUCCGUGGCCUCUCCAGCUGCCAGACUUCCUCAGGUCAGCCUCUCCAGGCCCAGCUCCUCCUGCCUGCCACUGGCCUCUUGA